AUGAGUCAUACGACAGGUACUUCAGCUACACACCACAUCGCAAUCUGCAUAAUGCCUCGCAUUCUCGAACUUGGAUUGGGCUAUUGGCUGAACCAAGGUUACCAGCCUCCUAUUCUGCAUCAACAUAUACUAGUUGCACCAUCUUCGAGACAGAUUAGCACCACCAGCAUGGAUCUACAACUUAAACAGGCCAAAUUAAGACUGCUUUACUUCAACAUUCGUGGUCGCGCAGAGUUGAUUCGACUGGUGCUGAAUGCCGCGGAGAAGGACUUCCAGGAUGUGCGUGUAAGUAGCACCGAGUGGCCCUCACUGAAGGCCCAGAUGCCCUUCAACCAGCUACCUGUGCUGGAAGUCACCACGCCGAGGGGUGAGAAAGUUAUGCUCACGGAGAGCAUGGCCAUCGCUCGUCUGCUGGCGCGCACCUUCGGCCUCUACAGUGAUGACGCUGCAGAAGUCUACCUAAUUGAGCGAAUGAACUCUCUUACAAGUUCCCUCUUGGAGGAAAUCUACGCCCUGGGCUUGAAGAAGGUCGACAGUUUUAAAAAAUUGGUUGAAGCAGAGCACGUGCACGAAUACAUGGACGCAAUUGAGAUGGCCCUGAAAGAGCGAAAGAGCACAUUCACCGCGGGACCUCAGGUCACCUUAGCCGACCUCCAAGUGAUAGUUCUAAUCGACACGAUGGACAAAUUUCUUGCGAACACGAAACACGACUGCAAGGACGAACUGGACAAAAUCAAGGAAAACGUUAUGAAGGCAAAGCCUGGCGUCGCCAGAUACCUGCGUUCACGCCCACUUACCGAUUUCUAA